AUGUUAUUGUUCGAGACUUCUAUUAUACCUGCCAAGCCUGUACUAGCCAAUUUUGUUCAGGAAAACUACGUGAAUCUUCAGAUGACCAUUUCCCCACGUGAUGAUAAUGACCCACAACUCACCUUCACCGCUGCAUCAAACGCGUCGUCAGCCAACCCCAAGCUAUGCGGUAAAGCGUGUCGCCAAACAUUCCGAACGCUGAAGUUCGCCGACGCGCCUGAGGGUGCAUUCUUUGCAAGACAGGAAUGCACCAGCCGCUUGUAUCAAACUUCACUGCAUCUUUGUUGGGACAUUCAUUGCCUUGAGGAUGUUUGGGUCGCUGAGUCAAGGGCUAUGAACCAGACAUGCCAGAACAUGUACGACGCAUAUCUCGCUCAAAACGAUAUAAUCGACGGGAUCACAGAUGAUGAGAGGGCCCAGAUAGUCAAGUUCAAUGCGACAGACCCUGGCCGUACACAUCGAUAUGAUGAACUCAUGCUACCAACCCCAACUUACUUUAAUAUCUGGAUUAGAACAUUGGCGGCACAUGAUUAUGUAUGGGAUUACCACUACUACUACGGCUGGGCAAUGGGAAUCUUCUGGGCCAUAGUGAUAGCGCUACAUUUGGGCAACGCUGCGUGCAAGACUUUGGAGGCUGGGUAUGCUCUAUCCACGGAUACGAAAUAUUCGAAGGCUAUGGAUAGCAUCAUCUCGUUCGCCAACUUCCCGCUUAUCUGGUUGUUCGGCAUGCGAAACAAUAUCGUUAUAUGGUUAACCGGCUGGGAUUUUAAGACAUACAACAACUUCCAUCGCUGGGUUGCAAGGAUAGCGACUGUACAGGCUGUGGCCCAUUCUAUUGGGUAUAUCAUCAUUAUCUUUCAGAGGGGCGGUUGGGAAUAUUUCUGGAGGAUCUCGAACUUGACCUUUUGGUGGACUGGUGAACUGGCAACCAUCUUCAUAUGUUUGCUUGUCGGCCUGUCAUUCUUCUACGUGCGUCGUAUGCAGUACGAGUUCUUCCUCAUCUCGCAUAUCGUUCUAUCGGUUUUGGUCCUCGUUACAAUGCUCAGCCAUGUCUCCAUCUUCAGAGGUGCCUACGACGCGCUCAUAUGGAUUCCCGUCUUAAUAUGGCUACUAGACAGAGCCAUCCGCACAGCUCGAAUGUUGGCGUUUAAUCCUAAGUUCUGGAAGACCACCGCUCAAAUGACUUAUAACGAGGACUCACAUAUGAUCCGAGUCACUGUCCCAGUAACAUCAAGUUUUUACAACAUCGAGCCAGGAACAUUUUACUAUCUCAUGGUUCUCAACAAAUGGAACUUCUGGGAGAGCCAUCCGUUUACGGUCGCGUGGAUCUCAAAGUCUGGGCAACACACCACACCAGAACAAAUUCCACUGCUAGGCCACCUCACUGACGAAGUCGGUCCUGAAGCUGAGAAGACGCAAUGGGAGAUGACAUUCCUUAUUCGUCCGUACGACAGCUUUACUUCGCGACUAAAAGGUUACGCAGAGCAGGACCAGCCAAAGCCAGCGAAAGUUCAAGUAGCCAUUGAUGGACCCUAUGGAAAGACGCUACCUUUAGAACGCUUCGAUAAAGUUCUUUUCAUCGUCGGCGGCAGCGGUAUCGCAGUUCCACUUUCAUACAUGCACAAACUUACAUCCGGUACUGGACCGAGGCUGAUCGAAAUCCACUGGGCAGUACGACAGACUGCUCUUGCUGUAGAUGUUCUCAAUCAGGAAUUGAGCUGUGUCCUUGGCAAAGACCAGGUCAAGGUCUGUAUCUAUGUGACUGGCGCCAACGAUGCGGGACCUCUCGAUACAACUACUUGCCACCUUGCGGAGUGGAAAGAUGGCCGACUCAACGUUGAAGGUAUUAUUGACAAUGUACUGGACAUGGGUGAUCAAGGCAGUCUUGCCGUGGUUACAAGUGGACCUGCCAGGAUGGCGGAUGAGAGCCGAAGCGCUGUGGCUGAUCGGACAAUGCAUUCCCUGCCUCGUAUAGAGUACUUUGAGGAGAGCUUUCAGUGGUAG